GUGUUGAUUUUCGUUGUGUGUUGUCGAACAAUGGCCAGUUCCGAAGAUUUGGAAUUAAGUCAUAUAAUUCAAUAUGGUUCUUACAAGGCUCACAAGGCGAUAUGGAGUAAUAAAGAGAUCGUAGCAUUCCCAUUAAGUGCAACUAAAGUUACGAAAGACGAUAUAGAUUUACUUACGCCGAUCAGACAUACGAAUAUUAUUGAAGUAUAUGGCAUACAGUACGAUUGUAUUGCCGCUUUUGGACUAAUGGAAUAUUCGGAUUGUGGAUUUCUACAUAGUUACUUACAUGGAAACGAGCAGAGAGAUUAUACAGUGAGUCAUGUGCUCUCUUGGAUGCACCAGGUCGCCAAGGGUCUUCAAUACCUCCAUUCUAUGGAACCUAGCCCGUUCUUCCGACAUAUUAAUACCAAGAAAUUUUUGUUAUCCGAUAACUUUCGCACCUUAAAAAUCGGUGGCAUUUUGAAAGGAAAGUUGGAAUAUGAAUAUAUAUGGCCAUAUGCAUCACCGGAGGUGCAAGCAGGAAAAGACUGGACUGCUCACAAGAGCAACGUAUACAGUUUUGGGAUUGUUUUUUGGGAGUUGAUGUCGCGAAAGAUUCCUUUCCAUCAAUUUAAAGGAGAACUACCGAUGCUUAGUCAAAUACAAAUACCCAACUCUGAGCCGAUUAAAGAAUUAAUUGAAAAAUGCUGGAACUCGCGUCCGGUUAAGAGACCAGCAAUGGAAGAGAUACUCUCCCAAAUCACACAUUUUCUGAAAAGUUUCGACCCUUCAAUAUUGGAUCAAGUCUUCAGGGCUAAUAUAGGAACAUUCUGGAACUUUGCAGCAAUUAAUAUGGGCGACGAAAUUGGCGAUGGCCGCUUUGGCGUUACGUACAAAGCGACUUGGAAUGAUACGACUAUUGCUGUAAAAAAAUUGAAACACAUUUUGAGUGAAAACAUUAAGCAUCGAAUCAAGGAGCUAAUGCUUUUAUCAAAUGAACACAUUGUAUCUAUACUUGGCAUCGCAAUGGAUGGAGAAUUUACAAAUAUUUUAAUGGAAUACUUGGAUUAUGGAUCACUGCUCGACCUUACCUACAAAAAGACACUAAUCAUUACUUUGAAUAUGGCUUACCAGUGGAUGUGUUCUGCUGCUGAGGCCAUUAAAUACCUUCUAUGUGAGAUAAAGCUAGACCCCCGUUUCCUUUGUAAUUUGAAGUCUAAAAAUAUGAUGUUCCAAGGUAACAUCAACUGCUUGAAAUUAUGUAAUUUUUGUUUUGCAUUCGAUGAUAAAGAUGUGUUGAAAAAUAAGUUAGAGAUGUCCUACAUAGCACCGGAGGUAAUCAAGGAAGGGAAAUACACAGCAGAGAGCGUCGUAUAUAGCUUUGGAAUUGUCUUCUGGGAGGUAUUGGCACGCGAGAAGCCUUUCUGUAACUAUAAUCGUUUCAAAAUGAGGAGUGAAAUUCUAAGAGGUGUACGUCCGUCUAUUGAGGAUAUUCGUGGGAAGUGUCCAGAUGUCAUACAACGAUUUAUUACAAAAUGUUGGCAUGAGGAACCAUCGAAACGACAUAAAGUUAAUGAAAUAUGUGACUCAUUGGAUGAAUAUAAAAUUGAUAUCAGACAUUUAAAGCUGCCGGUUAUAGGAGUCAUCGAUGACGCUAAAAUAAAACAAUUAAAAAAUGUUGGAGAAAGUAAAUUUGGCAUUGUCUAUAAAGCUGAUUGGCGUGGUUUGGUGAUAGGGUUAAAAAAAUUUAAAGAUGUUUUUACAGCCGAUAUCAAUCCAGGUCGUAAAGAAGAGAUCACAUAUCUCUCACGCAUGGACCAUGAGAAUAUUGUAACACUAUAUGGCAUUGGCAUUAUUGGAGGAGUUGUACAUUCAAUCAUGGAAUAUUCUAAUUGUGGAUCUCUCUACAACUACUUGCAUGGUGAGGAACAGCGAAGUUGCACUGCUAUAAAUUCCCUUCACUGGAUGUAUCAGGCGGCAAAGGGGAUUCAAUACCUCUUAGAUGGGAGACCAAUUACAACUAUACAUCGCAAUUUAAAUUCUCAAAAUAUGUUGCUGUUCGAUAACUUCAGAGUCUUGAAAAUCAGUGAUUAUUGCUUUCCGGCAGAGGGGGAUUCUCUUUUAAACUAUCAAGAUAAUGCCUAUGUAGCACCAGAGGUCUUCGAGGAACGAAAAUAUACAAAAGAGAGCGACGUAUAUAGCUUUGGAAUCGUGUUUUGGGAGGUGAUGUCCCGCAAGAAGCCCUUCUCUCAAUUCAAGAGAUCAUUUGAAUUCACUAAUGUAGAAGAGAUCCAAAAUGGGAAACGUCCGCCUCUGAGUGAUAUAAUUGAAUCAGAAUUUAAUUACAUAAAGGAAAUAAUUGAAAGGUGCUGGGAUACAGACCCAAAAAACCGUCCUACAAUUUCGGAACUAGUCGAACAGCUGCAUGAACCUAAGUGGUUUGAAAAUGUCGAAGUGAUUCCGGAAAUAGACUUCGCGGAUAACACACCUUUAAAGGAAUGGGUUGGAAAAGGUACCUUCGGAAAUAUCUACAAAGCUAAUUGGCAUAACAAAGAGAUCGCAGUGCAAUGCACAAGGUUUUCAGGGGACUUCAAAACCGACGAUGUCGCAGAGAACAUUGAAAAACUUUACCGCGCUCAUCACGAGAAUAUUGUGGAGCUAUAUGGAAUUGCAAUUCAUGAAAAUAAUGCAUUUAUACUAAUGAAUUAUCCAGAGUGUAUAACCCUUGACAACUACUUGCAUGGAGAAGAUAAAUUUGUGUAUACAGUAGGGCGUGGACUCAAUUGGAUGAUCCAGUGUGCUAAGGGUUUAGCUUACUUGCAGGCCAUGAAACCAAAACCUAUUUUUCAUAAUUGCUUAACGCCAUCCAAUCUAUUCCUAACCGAAAAUUACCAAAUUUUGAAAAUAAGCGAUUUUGGCAUUGCUCAACAACUGCCAAUGGCGUUUGACAAAAAUUUUUCAGAUGUAUAUGUGACUCAUUUAGGAAAAUACAAAAAUCUCUCAAUAUGCAAUACGCAUAUUAGAGAUGUUUUCAGCUUUGGCUGUAUUCUAUGGGAGGUUAUGACACGUCAGAUAUUUGAUAUUAUAUUGGUUGAACCGUUAAUCAUUAGCUUAGAUGGCACAGAGCGUAUAAAAAAUAUAAUUACAUCUUGCUUGAUGUCGUUUCGGAAAAUGGUAGAAAUGACAUGGAUCGUCUCUGAACUUACAAAUAUAAUUAUGAUUUCUGAAUCGAGAAUACUUUCACAAGUCAUAAUAUCAAUGCAGAAAGAAGAGUGGAACAAUUAUAGACUAGACGUCAUUCAGAUUAAUUCGUACGUUGAGAAUGUGGAUUUUGAGGAUAUUGCAAUUUUUGAGGAUAUUGGGAGUGGUGCCUUCGGCGUUGUUAAGAGGGCUCGAUGGCGUAAUAGAAAUAUUGCGUUAAAACAAUGUAUGAAAAUAAAUGAUUUUACAGAUACAAAAAAGUACCUUAAUGCAAUUAACAAAGAGACCAAGUCGCUUGUAUCUGUUGACCACAAGCAUAUUAUGAAGCUAUAUGGUACCUCCUCACAUUCGGACUUUCUUUAUUUGCUUUUGGAAUAUGCGGAGAAUGGAUCGCUCGAUGACUACUUGUAUGGAAAGAAUCAAAAUCGUUACAAAAUGUCAAAUGGAAUUAAUUUGAUGAAUCAGCUUGUUAAUGGUUUGGCUUACUUGCAUGAGAAAAAACCAAAGCCCAUAAUUCAUCGCGAUUUGAAAACUAACAAUUUAUUACUAACCAAAGACUACACACAACUGAAGAUCGGAGAUUUUGGCAUAGCUAAAGAAUUAGCGACAAAAAAUACGACUAAUAAGGGCACAGUUAUUUAUCAGGCACCCGAGGUUGGCUCUUCACCAGCAAUAUAUACGGAAAAAUGCGACAUUUACAGCUUUGGCAUUAUUCUAUGGGAGGUGAUCUCGCGCAGAAAACCUUUCGAUCACCUUGACGAUCCCAAUCCAAUCGCAUGUUUUUAUAAAACCGAAAUGGGGGAUCGACCGCCACUGAAUAUUGAACUUAUAACGAAAUGUGAGCCAUUGCAAAACUUGAUUGAGAGUUGUUGGAAUCACGAUCCAGAGAAGCGACCCUCUGCCAAAUCAAUUCAAAUUUCCAAAACAAUGAAAAACAUUAAGAAGUUAAUGCGCAAAAUGUGAAGAUUACAUUCCCUAGCAGACCAGAGUUCGCCAGCAGAUAAAUAAAAAAUUAUGCUAUUGAUAUAAAAGGUAUAAAGAAUACUGUACAAACUUCAUUAACAUGAUCUAACUACCGCAGACUUCAUUAAACAAAAACAAAAUUUCUUAUCAACAA